AUGGGUUGGGAGAAGGAUUCCAUUUCGAGCCAGACUUUUGGGACUCUCCAAUCUCCGCUCACCUCACUCGGCAGUAUUAUCAGCAAGCGGAAGAGGAAGCGCGAAUGGCUGCCCGACGUCGACGAGGGUCAUCUGGAGCACAUCUGGAAGAUGGAAGAGCAGAAAAUCCAGGACCGACAAGCAAGAAAAGUAGGAGAGGAGAUCGGCUAUCUCUACUUUGUGGGAGUGGACGGAUUGCUGAAAUGGAAGGAUGACUACUUGAGAAGCGAUCGCGGAUUGGUGUACAGAAAGAAGAACACGGAGCCUGAGUCUGACGGAGUCAUGUCAAUGUCCGACUCUGGAGACUCUGACUCUGAUGAUAGUAGAGAGGAUGAAUACAAGGAUAGGGGCGAGGACGAAGAGGACUAUGAUGAAAUGGACAUGGACAUGUGA